GUAAGACUGUAGGAGAGGCAUGGGCACCCUUCCCAAUGUUGUGUAUUCUGUUUUGGCAACCAACUCUGGAACAUGGGGGACACUGUUUUGGCAACCAACUCUGGAGCAUGGGGGACACUGUUGGUUGUCCAACCUGAUGGAUGUGCCUUCACAUUUGGGUCCCUUGUCAUGAUGAGAUACAUCCAUCCAUCCAUUUUCUGCAUUGGGGACGUGGUCGGGUUGCGUUGCUGUCACACCCUCUUGCCAGGCGAAUCCCGCUGGGAAUUGGAAACUGCGCACCACCUCGUCCUGGAGGUGUAGCGCUCCUUUUGCAAAGGCAGCAUGAAAAUGUCCACGUCUGAGCUCCCUGGUGGACCAUAGAUCUGCAGCGUCUGAGAACUGUCUUGUCCCUUUUGAAGGAGACAGGAAUGUCGUAGCAGCACGUUUUCCCCAAGACCAUGCUGGGCGCAUUCCUCAGACGCAAUAUGUCCCACAAGCUCAGCGUGCUGCUGCUGCUCUUCGGCCUGGCCUGGGGACUCCUCUUGCUGCGCUACACCCUGCAGCAGCCCCGCCACCAGACCAGUGCUCAGCUCCGCCAGCAGAUCCUAGAGCUCAGCCGGCGCUACGUCAAGGUCCUGACCGAGGAGAACCAGAGAGCGCCCGGCGGACCGCAAGGAACCGCCAUGGCGGGUUACGCUGACCUGAAGAGGACGAUAGCGGUGUUGUUGGACGACAUUCUGGAGCGGCUGGUCAAGCUGGAGGGGAAACUUGAUUUGGCGGCCAACGCCUCGGUCACAAAUACCUCCCAUGGGGGCGUCCUGUCUUCCGCUUCCAGCGCCCCGCACAGACCCUCUAAGCAGGAGCGUGCAGGAAUCCAUCCAGGAAUAUCACGCUUUAAACCUCCCCGUUCGCCCAGCAGCCAUCUAUGAGCUUUGUUUUGAUGCAUAUUGGCUCUUAGCUCCGCCCACUUUUGCUGAAUCAUCCCAGGACUUCCUGACCGUGGAAGGAAGGGAAGCUUCUGAAAAGAAACCUCUUUUUAUUUCAAGCACUUGGUUUGCCAUUGUUCUAUCAUGGAGCAUUACUGGAUGGAUCUUUCUGGCCGAAACUCAAACACACUCUGGUCUGGGACGCCCCGUUCUUCACUUAUUCACGAGUUCCUGCUUGAGUCGACAUUCAUUGCAACCUCCAUUUACAAACUGAAUUGGUUCUGAACAGGGAUCUUAAAGGGGAACUACGCUUUUUUUCCUCAUGUGCCUAUCAUUUACAAUCCUUAUGUAAGACAAGAACACAUGUUUUUCUUUUUUACGCAUUCUAACUUGUAAAUAAUUGGAGCCUAUAGGAGUCGCUCUAUUCCGCAUAUAAAGUGCUUAAAAAAACCCUCCAUCAAGGUUUAUGAUAUACAGUCAUGGCCAAAAAUAUUGGCACCCCUGCAUUUCUUCAGAUAAUGCACCACUUCUCCCAGAAAAUUGUUGAAAUUAUAAAUGCUUUGGUAUUCACAUGUUUAUUUAUUUUGUUGGCAUUGGAACAACAACAACACCAAAAAAAGACAAAUCUGAUAUUAUUUUACACAGAACUCCAAAAAUGGACUGGACAAAAUGAUUGGCAUCACACUUGCAGCCAGUUAAAAUUGAGAAAAGUUGACUCAACCUUUGUGUUGUGUGUACCACACUGAGCAUGGAGAAAAUAAAGAAGAGCAAAGAACUCUCAGAAGAUUUGAGAACCAAGAUUGUGGAAAAGCAUGGGCAAUCUCAGGGCUACAAGUCCAUCUCCAGAGAUCUAAAUGUUCCUGUGUCUACUGUGCGCAAUGUCAUCAAGAAGUUUAAAGCCCAUGGUACUGUAGCUAACCUCCCUGGACGUGGACGGAAGAGAAAAAUUGAUGAAAGUCUGCAACGAAGGAUUGUUAGAAUUGUGGAUAAAGAACCUCGAUCCACUUCCAAACAAAUUCAAGCUGACCUGCAGACACAGGGCAGUCUUUCCUCCAGAAAAUGUGUUAGUUAAGGUGGUGUCUCUCUGGCGGACAGACCGGGGAAGGGGGUGGGUGGGUGUAAGGAUUGGUGUAACUCGGCCUGUCGCCAUCACGUCUCCACCUCGUCGCUGCCACCAUAGCCUGGGGGGGCAGCAGACUACAGACUGUGGUGAAGUAGGCCGGCUUCGUCGCGUGAAGAAGCCUAAAAAUGUUGGUUGUGUUUUCUGCUCCAUUUGCUGAAUGGCGAUAUACGAUAUAUAUCUCGAUAUUUUUUCCGUAAAGUAAAAACAAAACGGUCCUAGUUACCUGAGAUACUAAGUAUGUCAUUAUUAUGACUUACUAAGUCAAAAUAAUGACUUACAAAGUCAAAUUAAUGACUUACUGUAAGUAAGCGUUUGCAAUAAGCGUUUGAAAUAAGAAUUAAAAGUGGGGCCACAUGCUGACAUAUGCUCAACUCAUCAUGCUUAAUUUAUUACAGCAUUUGGGAAGUCUGUAGUUGAUUUUUGUUAUGUAAAUGUUAUAUUUUUAUCAACAUGUGAUAGCAGGGACCCUGCCAUUCAAAACUAGGCUGCUACAUUACUAAUGAUUAAUGUAACUAUAACUGGAAAAAUAGUACAAUAUAAAUAGGAGAGACUAUUCAUCCCUGAACACCAUGGUGUUCAUGUAGGCUUUAUGAUGCAGUUACAUUAUUUAUUUCAACUAUCAGAGACAGCUUCAGGAAACUCUUCAUUUAACAUAAUGUCAUGUUUUGCUGCUUCAACACAGCUCAAUCAACACAGAAAAAGGUCAAGUGAAAUAACUUAGUUGUUAACUGUAGGCCAAUAAUGCUUGCUACCAAAGAAUUUUGGGGCAUAAUGUAGGGCCCAGUGUCAGAAAGCUGGGUCUCCGUCAGAGGUCAUGGGUCUUCUAGCAGGACAACAACCCAAAGCACACAAAAAUGGCUUAAGACAAAACGCUGGAGAGUUCUGAAGUUGCCAUCAAUGAGUCCAGAUCUAAAUCCUAUAGAACAGCUGUGGACAGAUCUAAAAACAGCAGUUAGGAGAAGGCACACUUCAAAUCUGAGAGACCUGAAGCAGUUUGCAAAAGAAGAGUGGUCCAAAAUUCCAGUAGCAAGGCGUAAGAAACUAAUUGAUGGUUACAGGAAGCGCUUGAUUUCAGUUAUUUUUUCCAAAGGGUGUGCUACCAAAUAUCAAGUUGAGGGUGCCAAUAAUUUUGUCCAGUCCAUUUUUGGAGUUCUAUGUAAAAUAAUAUCAGAUUUGGCUUUUGGGGGGCUUUUUUGUUGUUGUUCCAAUGCAAACAAAAUAAUUAAACAUGUGAAUACCAAAGCAUUUGUAAUUUCAACAAUUGUCUGGGAGAAGUGGUGCAUUAUCUGACAGAAAUGCAGGGGUGCCAAUAUUUUGGCCAUGACUGUAAUAAGUGUAUAAUCAUAAUAACUUGUAAUACUGACCAAUUUUGAUCAUUUCACAAACGCACCACAACGUUCACUUUUUCCUUUGACAACAUCAGUGAUUAUUACUCACCGCAGACUUGAAGAGAACCAACAAACAUAAUAAAACAUCACUUACUGUACAUGGUCUGUUCUCACUGGGAUGUUGAUAUAUUCCUUUUUACUUUGAGUACCUUGAAGGUAGAAAAGCGCUAUACAAGUACAACCCAUUUAUCAUUUAUUUAUUACAUGAAGAAUGACUCCUAAUCCUCCAAAAGCAAAAAGGGGGGUGGAACUAAGUGUCUUCCCGGGUCUAAAUUGGAUGCCACAGUUAACCAACUUGUCGGAUUAUGUCCUCAUCCUUCUACUAUCCAGGUGAGAGGCAUGAUUUAUGAUCUACAAACAACUUUCACGAGCACCAAGGCAAAAAAAGCCGCUCAGAGCCGAUUAUGUCAACAUAGCCACCCAAGCUAGUUAGCUCUCUGGGUUUAACAGCGCUUCUAAAAGUAGUUCCUCUGUGUUAGCGCUUAUAAUAACAAUAUCGCUAAAUGUAAAUAAAGUAUUGUUGGCGGAAUUGAUGGUGGAUUGUUGACUCCACUGUAAGCAGACUUGUAUUUACUAGUUAGAAUGCAAUAAAAUUAAAAAAAAUACAUGUCUUCUCAUUUUAAGGAUUGUGAUUUCAAAAAAAGUGCAGCUCCCUUUUCAAUCUAAAAGUUUGUAUAGCAUUUCUCAAUAAACGAUGAAAAUAUGAGUGAUGGGUUCCACCUUCGACAACAUUUUAGGGAAGGUUUGUGCACUUUGAACAUAAUAUAAAGUGCUGUACACUUCUGUAUAUCAAACAUAACAAGGAAGUGGUGGAUCAGCUGUCAACAACAACGACAAGCUAAACUGUGCUGUAUGCGCUGCUCUGUGCACACACAGAAGUCCCUUUGGUGCCCUGAGCAACAAUCCUUAACUUUAACCAUGUUGCUCCAAAACUAAACAUUUUAAAAGGUUAAAGUCGCAAGCAAAGAGCUCAGUUUCAUUUUGCUCGCGUUUACAACUGCUUAUGUCGACGGGCUCCGCUGAACAACGACGUUGCGUCAACCUGCUGAGCUUUCUCCUAGCUGUGUUUGAGGCGUCACUCGGAAUAACAUCAAGAGCCGUCUUCGCUCAUACUCUGUGAUUCCAGGGACCGCUAUAUGUUUGCGCCCCAUGAAGUAAAAAGUGUCCACAGUGAUACAUUUCAAAAGAUGAAGCCUGUUUGACACUGAAAUCAUGUUCCUGGAAAUAAAGCAAUGGUUUGACGUUUCCUCCUCUUCACUCCAUGGUACAAAUGUAGUGCAUAGUCAGCAAUUAGCACCGACCAUCUGCUUGCAGGACACGUUCAGGGUUCAUGCUGCACUGGGACUUCUGCAGACCUUUUCUAAAAAUACCAGGCUGGUCCACUUUUGGUGACAAUUGUACGUGGGAGGUGAUUGUCACACGCUGGAAUAGUCUUUCUUUCAGUCAUUCUACCAACAAACAUGGCCAAUAGUUGUCCAAGUCUCAUUUAUUCUGCUUAUAAACAGACGUCACACGCUGUAACAAUCUUAGACCCCCAGACUCAAUAAACGUUGGAGUUCCA